AUGUAGUAUAAAACGAUUGAUUGGACGUCAAAAUGAACAUGGCAAGUUUUAACAUAUAAUUCCAUCCGAGAGGUCCCGUCUUCGAAACCUCCAGAUCUGGUUUUGUUUUUCCCACCUCCAAAUCCAUGGAUCCAACCUCUCCAACUGGCCGAAAGCACAAGUUCACACCAAGAAAGCCCAAACCUCAGGCAAAGCCACCUAAAACUGAAGCGAGUGAUGAACGGGAAGAAGAAGAAGAAGAAGAAGAAGAAGAAGAUAGUGCUGCAGACAGAGCCACUCAAGCUCGCUUGCGUAGAUGGAAUAAGCAAAUUGCAAGUCGCAAGCCUGAAGCUGACAGGAAAUCUAGUGUGCAAGUUGCAUUUGGUCCUGGUGGUUCAUCACCUCCCCUGAGAACAUUUGGUGCUGGUAAGGGUACAAAUAGUGGUAAAAGCAGUGGAUCAGCAUCUAAAUAUUUUGCUGAUGAGCAGAAUGAUUUAACACAUUCUUCAAGUGCUAUUGGAGACGAAAAGGAUACUUCUGUCAUAGAUUUUACUGAUGAUGCCACUGAUGCAUCUACCUGCAAAAUCAAAAAACCAUAUAAGGAGCCAUGGGAUUACAACUCUAACUACCCUAUCACUCUUCCUUUGAGAAAGCCCAAUUCUGGAGAUCCAGAAAUUCUUGAUGAGGAAGAAUUUGGGGAGAAUGUGGAGUAUGAAGAUGAGGAUGCUAUUAAUCCUGCUGCAGAACUCGGGCUCUUGGAGAAGAGUGACCAACAAAGGAUGCUUUUUUUUGAGCUUCCUGCUCCUCUGCCUUUGGGAAAGAAAUCAGUGAGUCUGAAGGGGAAGGAGAAAGCUACAUCAACUACAGCAACAGGACAGCCCCCAAAACUAGGAACAUGUGCCAUGAAAGAUUUGCCAAAGGGAUUUCUGGGAAAAAUGCUGAUAUACAAAAGUGGAGCAAUCAAAUUAAAACUCGGAGAAAUCCUGUAUGAUGUGUCUCCAGGUUCAAAAUGUGAAUUUGCUCAAGAUGUUGUGGCGAUGAACACUGCACAGAAAGACUGCUGCGUUCUUGGGGAGCUUAGCAAAAAAGUUGUUGUAACUCCUGAUCUUGAUUCCCUUGAGCUGUAAAAGACUAACGCCAAAGUACUUGAUUAUGCGCCAUCUUAUGGGGAUAGUACAGAUACCUGGUGGUUCAUCUGAAUAGCGAUAUUUUGUGAAUACAUUUGACAACAAAUGCAUAGCUGAUUGGAGGUACAAAUUAGAUGCUAAACCUAGUAUUAGACAUUAGUGCCAAAUAUUAAGCAGAAAGAGUACUGUUUGUCUGUUAUUGCUUGGUACUUAGUAGGAAGUAGGAACAGUUAGCUUCAUAGUAAGUAAUAAUUCUGUUAUUGUUUGGUACUUGGUAGGAACAGUUAGCUUCAUAUAUGGUAAGUAAAUGAUUGACAAAUGCUGACAAUAUUCAUUUUGCUGCAAUGCUUUUGCUCCUUGAAUUAAUUGUA